CAAACACCAUCGCUCCCGCUCUCAACAGAACUGGCUCACUAGCCGUUACCUCUCUCCUUAAAGAUAAUAUAACCUUCUCUGCCGUCUCUUUCAACUCCAAAAUCCCUCCCCUUUCUCUUACACCCUCUAUUUUUCUAGCCAAAACGCACUCUUUUCAGUUCAAAUCGUUUGAUCUGGAAUGGAAGCACCACCAUUUUUUGUUCUCGACAACACGAAGGAAUACUGGAGGAAGAAAAAUCAUUUCUUGUUUCACUCUCUCUGCUGUCUUCUCUUCUCCGCCAUGGUAGCAGCCGCGAGCUCGUUGGACGGAACCCUAAUCGCCGAGGAAGACUACCAGGGACUGCAGGCCUUCAAGCACGCUCUCAUUGACCCUAGAGGCUUCCUCCGAAGCUGGAACGAUACCGGCCUUGGAGCUUGCUCCGGCGCCUGGCUCGGGAUCAAAUGCGUUAAGGGGAAAGUGAUUGCCAUUCAACUUCCAUGGAGGGGGCUCGGCGGCCACAUUUCAGAGAAGAUAGGCCAGCUCACUUCAUUGCGCAAGCUUAGCUUACAUAACAACUUGAUCGGCGGCCGGAUCCCCUCAGCCGUCGGCUUCCUUUUAGAUCUUCGAGGCCUUGUUCUGUUCAACAACCGCUUCUCCGGCGAGGUUCCGCCGACAGUUGGUAAAUGCCUAAAACUUCAUUCUAUAGAUCUUAGUAAUAACUCGCUCUCUGGUGACAUUCCAGCUUCGAUUUCAAAUUCUUCUAAGCUUUAUAGGCUUAAUCUGAGCUAUAACAAUUUCUCCGGUGAGAUUCCAGCUGGUAUUGCUAAGUCUCUUGCUCUAACUUUUCUGUCUGUACGACACAAUGCCCUCUCUGGUCCAAUUCCUGAUGCCACAGCAUAUAACCUACAAUACUUGAAUCUUGAUGAAAACUACUUUUCCGGAUCCAUUCCUGCGAUUCCUGCUUCCUUGGGGCAACUGAGAUUGUUGAGAGAGAUCACUCUCAAUAACAAUCAGCUCAAUGGUAGCAUACCUGAAGAAAUCGGCUCGCUUUUGAUGCUUGAAACUUUGGAUAUCUCGCAAAACACCAUUGGAGGAAAUUUUCCGGCUUCACUCUGCAAUCUUUCCUCGCUGAUAAGGCUAAACCUUGCGGGUAAUUUCCUUAAGGGAAGGCUUCCAGACUCCUUUGAUAAACUAGGGAAUCUGUCCAUUCUCUCUCUUAAAAUGAAUCAUCUCAAUGGACAUCUUCCUUCAACAAUAGCGAACUUAUCAAACCUCACGCAGCUCGAUUUAUCAAAUAAUAACUUCAUUGGUCAUAUCCCUGCAUCUCUUUCCCAACUCUCAAAGCUCAAAUUUCUUAAUGUAUCUGAUAAUAACCUUUCAGGUAGAGUCCCAGCUCUGCUCUCUGAAAGGUUCAAUUAUAGUUCUUUCAUAGGAAACAUUCAGCUAUGUGGCUAUAGCUCUUCAACUCCUUGCCCACUUAACCCAUCUCUUCCACCAUCUUCUUCCCCGGAGUCCCAUCGCCGGAGAUUAAAUACAAGAGAUAUAAUUCUAAUUGUCGCAGGGAUUGCUAUUGCGUUUCUUCUCCUCCUCUGCUGUGUUCUGUUUUGCUUUUUGAUCAGGAAAAGAGCCAACUUUGGUAAACAGAGCAAGUCGAUGGAAGGAGCAGAGAAGGCUGGACCACCGGCGGCUGCUGAGUUGGAUACCGGUGGAGAUUCCGGCGGAAAGCUGGUGCACUUUGACGGGCCAUUUGUUUUCACCGCCGAUGAUCUUCUAUGCGCUACAGCGGAGAUUAUGGGGAAGAGUACUUAUGGAACUGUUUAUAAGGCGACUUUAGAAGAUGGAAAUCUUGUGGCAGUGAAAAGGCUGAGAGAGAAGAUUGCAAAGAGCCAGAAAGAGUUUGAAGCAGAGGUGAAUGUUCUAGGAAAGAUUAGGCAUUCGAAUCUAUUGGCGCUGAGAGCUUACUAUUUGGGACCCAAAGGAGAGAAGCUUCUGGUUUUCGACUUCAUGCCAAAUGGGAGCCUUGCUGCCUUUCUUCAUGCAAGAGGUCCGGACACUCCUAUAAACUGGCCGACGAGGAUGAGCAUCGCCAUGGGAACAGCGAGAGGCCUAAACCACCUUCACAACAACAUAAACAUCAUACAUGGCAACCUCACCAGCUCCAACGUUCUCUUAGACGACGACCACGACGUUAAGAUCGCCGACUAUGGCCUCGCAAGGCUGAUGACCGCCGCUGCUAAUUCCAACGUCAUCGCCACCGCCGGCGCUCUGGGCUACCGGGCUCCGGAGCUUUCCAAGCUGAAGAAGGCCAGCACUAAGACUGAUGUUUAUAGUCUAGGGGUUAUUAUGCUUGAGCUACUCACUGGAAAGUCGCCGGGAUAUGCGAUGAAUGGGGUGGAUUUGCCGCAGUGGGUGGCGUCGAUUGUGAACGAGGAGUGGACGAAUGAGGUGUUUGAUUUGGAGCUUAUGAGGGAUGCAUCUGGGAAUGCAGGGGAUGAGUUGCUGAAUACAUUGAAACUGGCGUUGCAUUGUGUGGAUCCCUCGCCGACGGCAAGGCCGGAGGUCCGUGAGGUGCUCCGGCAGCUGGAGGAGAUCAAGCCAGAUCUUGCCAUGGCGGGGAUGACAGGGGAUGAAGGUGGAGGGGAAGCCGGCGGUGCUGGGUGAUUAGUGUUUUGCUAAGAGAUUUAGUAAACUAAUUAAUGUUGUUUUUUUUAUUAACUCUUUAAUUCUUAGAUGAUUUUGGUUAAUUCCUCAUGAAUCUGUGUAAAUAUUGUUGUUGAUAAGCUGCUUAUUUGGAAGGAUAUAUGUAUUUAUAAUGACGAGGCUAGGAUAUUACAUU